UUAUUCACUGUGUAUUGAAAAAAUGAUUGUUAUUUUUAUUUCAUGGAAAAUAUCCAAAACCAAAUUGAAAUGGUACGUCGCACUAGAAAACGGAAGCGUGAGGAAGGCCAGGCAGUUGAUGCACCGCCUGCUCCCCAGUUGCAACCCCCACUUCCGCAACAAAUUGGUCCAAUAGUACAGCCUCCAGUUGUACGGCCUCCACCGAUUGAUAAUGUGCUGCCUCAGCCAGCUCCAAUACUUGGUGAUCCUGCUGUUCCGCCACCAGUUGCUCCACUGGUUGAUCAUGGGCUGCAGCCAGCUGUGCCUCCAAUUGUUGAUCAGGCACCAGUCGACCAAAACAUAGCAGAUAAAACGUACAUGAUGGCACAUCAGCGCCAUUUAGAAAAGACAGAAUACAGACAGUGGGUGAAGGCCGGACUUGGUCUGUUUUACCUCAGAGAAGGACUGGCGCCAUUCUGUGAAGACAUUGCAAAACAACAACACAGUGACAUCUUAGAUAACAUUAAACAAGCAAAGAACCUAUCGACAGUAACAUGUGGUCAAUGUAGUUGUACGACACUUAGACCUGACCAUGCAAAAGGAGGAAACAGAUCAUGUAUGUUAGGUCAAAGAAAGUGCAACUGCUGCAAUCCAGCUGGUAAAAUUAGUUGCCCAAACAAAGUUUGUGGCGCCAUCUAUGAUGCAAUUGUAACAAGCCAUGGAUUUACACCACCAGCGCCUUGUUGGAAAAACACUGAGACAGAGCAUUGGUGUACAGAUCCUUGGACUAUCGCUAAAUGUUUCAUCAAUGCACCCGGAUACGAAAAGAAAGCAUCAGCAGCCGACAUCGACUGCAUCGGGUUACUACACUUGAUACGUAACAACCAGUAUUUUCACGAUCAUAUACACUGCACAGUUACACAAACCGACGACGUCUCAAAGGUAAUAACGGACAGAAAUGAAAUAUUCCACUCAAGUACAAUGCAAAUAGAAGAGGCAGGCGCAAAUAAUUACAUAGAUGAUAUGAUAGCUGUUCUGCAAGAUGGUAAGGAACUGAACAAACGACAAGAUGCCCAAGCUGCUGUAAAGAAACUUCUAGAGUUGAAGAAAGAUGAUUUCAUAAUUACAACAAAAAGUGAAGCGAAUGUGGUUCAUGCGGCCAUGAAGUCAAUUGAUGACAGGAUAAAGGAGUUUGAAAUAAAAUCGAGAGAAAAACUAGAAAACGUACCUACUACAGAAGAUGUUGAAAACAAAUUACGGGAAAAACUAGCAAACGUACCUACUACGGAAGAUGUUGAAAAUUUAGGAACGAGAGUCACAAUCUUAGAAAUGGACAAGGCUGUUCUAAAAGAGGAAAUGAAAGAACUCAAAAGAGCACAGUCUUCUCAACGAAAUCAGUAUGAAUACAUCAGGUCAAAAUUAGAAUAUCAAGAAAUACUGAUGAGCCUUUACAGAAAGUUUCUGUUACAAGUGUCGGCAAUACCAUUGAAGCCAGAACGUAAACACUGUAACUUCAGCGAGUCGUAUGUUAGACCAAGAAUGACGCUUGAAAAAAAGGAUGGAAACAGAAGACCAAAGGAAACCGAAAUCCAAUCUAUGUCAGAUAUCUUCACAAUAGCCAGAAACCGUGUGAAAUCCAUUUACGUUCUUGGGGAUGCUGGAUCCGGGAAAACUACUUUCUGCGUAAGUAUGGUAAACUAUUGGUGUAUUGCACACAGUGGAGAACAGAGCAUUGAAGACGAGUUUGACGGAAUCAAGGAAAUGAAGAAAUUUGAGUUCUUGUUUUAUAUCUCUCUUCGUCACUCUAAAGAUGUUGUCAGUAUCCAAGGAAUGCUCGAAAAACAAUAUAAAAGCAAAAUACUAAACGAGAUUUUAAAUAAGGAAUCAAGAAAUAUUGUUAUCCUGCUUGAUGGUUUAGAUGAAUGGUCUUCUAAAUCUGUGACAUCCAAUCAGUUCCAGACGGAGGGUCUUCCAGAACGUGAUACAUCUAAGGACUAUACCGUCAUAACAACUUCACGACCAUGGAAAGUUGAAGCGCUGGGAAUAACUGACAAGGAGAUAGAACAAAGAUUAAAACUUCAAGGAUUUGAUCGAUCGUCUGUUAAAAUGAUGAUUAAGAAAACAGUUCGGGUACUGAAUGAAACAUUUGCAGAAAAUAAAAGUUGUAGUGACUGCGAAGAUAAGCUAAACAAUGAAGCGAUUGUCAGUAUGAAAAAAGUACCAAUUAUGCUGCUACAGUUAAUUUGUCUGUGGUUUGACGAUAAACUUCAAUUUUCAUCAAAAUGUGCUCUUCACUCGUCGAUGCUUGAACUUUUCUUUUCUUGGAACGAUAAGAAGAAAAAAGAAGAAGAAGAAGAGCGUUUAUUUAGAAAAAUGAGGGAAAUGUCAAAAGAUUUUCCACUUAUUGAGCUACCUCAAUAUCUUAUGAAUAACAAGUUAUGUAAAAUAUACAAAUAUCUCAUUCACGAAUUGUCGCGCUUGGCGUAUGAGACACUUUUCACAAAGGAAAAGGAGUCGUCCUUGACAUUUGAAUGUUCUGUUUUUGAAGACCUGGAAAUAUCGGAUGAAGUAAAAACAAGUUCCUUAAAACUAGGAAUCGUAUCUGAAGAUAGAUGCCCAAGUUUGUAUGCAAGCACAAGUGACAGUUCGUUAUUUUCCUUUGUUCACAAGACAGUACAAGAGUACUUGGCCGCGGUGUAUAUUACUAUUAAGUUAAAAGCUCAUAUCGGAGUGUCGGCCGAUUCAGAAAACUCAGAUUUUUCUGGUCAUUUUGCACCAUUUAUUAAGGAGGUUUUCAAUAAUUGCACGACUUUGGAUGAAGUAUUUGAACAGGAAAAUGUAUUCAUUAUACUAUGUGGUCUCGAGCCUCAAGUCUCAGCGCCGAUUUCAAAGUAUAUAUACGAUAUUGUUUCAAGGGACAAACGUGUUCAAGAGUACAGACGAAUAAUGCAUAGAUCAUCGCCGAUUUCAGAGUAUAUAUACGAUAUCACUCCAAGGAACAAACGUUUUCUAAAGUACAGACGAACAAUUCAUGGAUUAGAUGGUAAAUUUCUCAUAUUAUAUAUCCAGAAUGUUAUUUCAGAAUGUAUAGAAGAGGCGCAAGCAUGUCAAGCCAAUAUUCUGUGUGACUUUUAUAUAGGGGACGUUAUCGUAGAGAGUAAGACAGAUUGCGAUCAUGUAUUUACUGAUAUCAAUGAGCAAUACAUGUUUCUUGAUAGUGUCCGCUCCUUUAGAAUUGAUAUAUAUCAAGCAGACAAUCUCAAGACGGUAUUGAAAUCUUUGCAGAAGUGUCGGAGACUUGAAGCAAUUCGUAUUCAAACUGAAAUAGGUUUCGAGACAGAGAUAGAAAGUAAGUGCAGGGAACAAAAUGAAGUUGAUUUAUCCGAGCAUCAACAACUUCAGUACCUGAACUACGACCAACAUGUUAUUAUAACACGCGUUAACACUUCAAACCUAGAAAUAUAUGAAUGCAUAUCAUUGAAGAGCACAGACUGCGUGAAAGUACUCGAUAAUCUUUGUACAGCUAACAAAUUAACAGAACUUAUUUUGCGGUAUGAUGUAAAUUCUCCAGACAAAAAUUCUUCAUAUCGGGUUGUAACAGACAAAUUAACAACAUUGUUACCAUCAUUGCACAAGCUCCGUGAACUUACUUUACAUGAGUUUACAUUCACUGACAAUAUGCUAAAAUGUCCCUCUGAGAUGAAUAACAUGAAGAGAAUUCAUUUCACUUUUGUAAAAAUGAACUUGACAACAUGGCGGCAGUUCGUUAAUAGUAUUACUGAAAUGCCACUAUCUGUAGAGGUAAAAGCAGAGCGCAUGUUUAUAACACGAGAUGGAGAGGAAUGCAACCCUGAUUUAGGUUGGAAGAUAAUAAGUAGGCAUAGCAAUGGGUCGUUUAAUUCCGCGCAAAGAAGUGCGAACUGCGAGGAGGUAGCUGCAUUCCAGUAUGUUAGAGAACAGAGGGCGUUGUUAAAUGUAGAAAAGGAGGAUGGACAUAGACAUUCAAUGUGGUUUUCAACAAAAAAGUAAAUAUACACUGUAAAUAUUGAGUUCGGAAAUUAAAAAUGUGGUCUUUAUUCGCAGGUGGUCUUUAUUCACAGGCGUCAGAGACAAUGCGGUCUCUGUCUUUAACACAAGUUUGACUAUAAUUAGUGUUUAGUGAAAUUACAACAUGAUGAGAUAUUUUGAGAUAUUCAUUUUGUAAUACUACACGAUUGUACUUAUAUUGCCAGUAUAUAAUUGUGUUUAAAAAGCGCUAUCUUAACAGUAAGUAUCUGUUUAUUUAUUGAAGAUUACUUUUUUGCUCAUGUUAUUAUAUAUGUAAGAAAUUUUAUUGAUACUUAGAAAAGAG